AUGGCUGAACAAAAAGCACUACUUCUCGAGACUCCUAAGGGCGAGUUCCGCGUUAGACAAACGUCUAUUCCGAAACCCGGACCUGGUGAACUCUUGGUAAAGAUUCAUGCAACUGCUUUGAACCCUGCAGACUGGAAAAGGCACGAAUUCAAUCUCUUCGUGCCUACUUUUCCUGCUAUCUUCGGAACCGAUGCCGCAGGAACCGUGGAGGCUCUGGGCGAGGGUGUGCAAGGAUUUCAGAAGGGAGACAGAGUGUAUGACGUCUUCCGCGCGACAUUUCAGCAGUACGGUAUAGUGCCGGCUGAGCUUGCAGCGAAGCUACCCGACAACAUCUCGUUUGACGAAGCUGCUUCAAUUCCUCUCGGUAUCGCAACCGCAGCUGUGGGCCUUUAUGCCGACAGGCCCGACGGAGUCCAGAAAUACACACCCUGUUGGGAGGAAGGUGGCGAAGGUCUAUAUCGUGGAAAGCCUAUUGUCAUUUUCGGAGGAUCAUCUUCUGUCGGACAGUAUGUUAUACAGCUUGCGAAGCUGUCCGGGUUUUCACCUAUCAUCGCGACAGCCUCAUUGCACAACUCCGAUUUCCUUGAAUCGCUCGGGGCAAAUCACGUAAUUGAUCGCAAAGCGGAUGUUCCAUCCAAAGUUAAGGAGAUUCUCGGUGAUACGCCGGUCGCGUUGGUAUAUGACGCAGUAUCUGAGAAGGAUACGCAACAACAAGCAUGGGACGUUCUUGGUCCUGGCGGGACACUGGUUCUGAUAUUACGUGAGGCAUAUGUCGACAAGAAUAAAGGAAAGACAGUCAUCGAUACCGUCUUCGCUGAUCUCCACUCAUCGGAGUUGCGACAGCUGGGUGCUAGUUUGCAAAGCAAGUUGACGCGCCUACUUGAGACUGGAGCGAUAAAGCCGAACCGUGUUGAGGUGCUUCCAAAUGGUUUGGCUGGAAUCCCGGAUGGACUGAAGCGGCUGAAAGAGAACAAAGUGAGCGGGGUGAAGCUUGUCGCCCGUCCAUUUGAGACCGUGUAG